AUGGACAUAUUGGACGACCAAGCAUUCGAACAACUCUUGCGGAUUUGUUCUAGCGGCCAAGUGGCCUAUGCCGCCGGCAGUCCAAGUUGCGGUCAAUACUCCCGCUUGAAGCUUCGCCAGGACGGAGGACCUCGAGCCCUUCAAACUCCUGAGAACUUGGAUGGACUCCCAGGACUUUCACCGGACGACCUGACAAAACUGCAAGAGAGCUUCAUCAUGCUUUCCCGCGUGGUUUCAUGUUUACGUUUGGUGUUUUUGUCAGGCGGUCAUGUUCAUUUAGAGCAACCCACAAAUGCCAUGUCUUGGUUGGAACCCAUUGUCCGGAGUUUUCUCAAAUUGAUCUCUGCCUCAUGUGUUUGUAUUGCAGCAUGCCAGUACGGUAUGGACAUUGCUAAGAGUUGGAUCUUCGCGUCUAGCUUCAAAAGUCUUUGUUCUUUAGCCUGCAGUUGUACCCACCCAGUGGGCACCCAUGCCAGAGUGCAAGGCACACGAGACUCCUCCGGUCAGUUCUUGAGUCGAAUCACCGCAUGUUAUCCGCCCCCACUGGCUGAAGCUUAUUUGUUGGUCAAUUUCCCAAGAGCUUUGAAGACGGGGGCGGACUGA